GUUUAAAAAAGUGAGAAAAGAAAGGUUUGAGGCCAUGUCGUUCGUUAGUUAGCUUCACAGCUCGCUGGCUUGGUUUCUUGGUACUCUGUCCGCCUCUCACACUCUUGCCAUUGUAAAACUCUUUGCCCUUCCUCUCGUCCCAUCUUCGUUCAUUAAGGUUUCGUUGUUUUGCACUCUUAAUCGGAAUGCAGCUGAUUGAGUUUACGGAAGCUGUGAGGGACCGAUAGAGUUUAACAGAGAGCUGCACGAUGGGUCAUUUGGGUGUUUCUCACCGAGUCAUGUUCAUUGCUCAUCAUGAGGAAAAUGGAAGCAAACUUUCUUCCAGUAUUCCUACGGUGGAGGAAUCAAAUGAUAAAGAAAAUAUCACGAAAGGUGAACCUAUCUUCAUGCCAAAAUUUAAAAAAAGAAAACGCCUUAGCCUAAAUCGUCUAAGAGAGAUUAAAGCGGAUAUGUGUGCCAGUACAAGGGAAAGUAGCAGCGUCAUGCCUGAAACAAAGAAGAGUGAAAACAGAGAUAGGUGGUCAACUAAGAGGUAUACGUUGGCUGAGCAAAGCAUGUGGGAGGUCUUAAAAGGUGAAGGUGCAACGUUUGAAAGUCCAAUUACCCGACCUGCAUUAAGAAUGGCCGUCCGUAAACACAUCGGUGAUACUGGACUAUUAGACCACUUACUGAAGCACAUUGAUGGUAGAUUGGCACCUGGAGGCACUGAGCGGUUCCGACGGCGUUUCAACACCAAAGGAAUCAUGGAGUAUUGGUCCGAGAGUGCUAAUUUGGAUGAAAUUCGCCAGGAGACUGGAAUGCAAGACCCUUAUCGGAUACAACCGUCUAAAUUAAGGGCAGGAAGUGUUCCUAUGCAGAAUAUGGAUUCUGUUGAUGAACUGAAAAUGCUCAAAAUAGAAAUGGCCCAGAUGAAGAGGGACAUGCAGGAGCUCAUUGCAAAAAAGAAAGAAAAAAGGGAAAGGUGUUUGAUGGAGGAGACACAGAAAAGUUUUGUGAAUUGGAAAGCCAUGACUGAGAAGCGUGUAACUGAGAUUUUUACUUUUUUGAAGGGUGUGCAGGGUAUUAAUGAAGACAUGUUGAUUUGGAAAACUAAAGUUGAGCAACAGCUAAUGGAAAUAGACAAUAAAUUGAGUGAUGUGCGACCAUUGAGAGAACUCACCACUUCAAAUUAUCUUCCGGUAAGCUGGGAGGAUUGGCUAGAAAGCACCAACCUAGACAUUGUUCAUGGAAACGAAUUUUCACCAUGGUUUGGGAAUCCUGAGCUGCUUGAUGUUCCACAAGAGAUUGUACUUCAAGAGCCGAACUCUACCCUACCAAUUCAGCUGCAAAGUGAAGAACAGACUAACAUGAAGAGCAAUUUGCAUGAUUUGGUGCCAAAGAAGCUCGGUGAAGAUCAACCUAAUGUGAUCCCUGAUUCUUCUGUGGCUGUUAAUUCUAAGUCAGACCUUGACAAUUCGUUGAUAUUGUAUAAGGAAAUGUUCUUGGAAUUAUUUACAUGGAGGGAUAAAAUGGACCAGCAGUUAUUGGAAAUAUCAAAUACUGUAUAUGGCAUGCUGACAACCGAAUAGACGGUACAUGAAAUCAAAGUAUGGAGCCUAAUUUGAGGAUUCUAAUUUUUAACCAUUUUCUUUUGUUACUCUCAGAGUGUAGGGUUUAGAUACUGUACAGCUUUAACAGUCUAAUGGUGAAGUAUAAUCCUUUUUCCCACCACAAAUAGAAGCUUCACACCUACAGUAAGCUGCAAAUUGUUGAUACUUUCCCCUGGCCUUUCACAGUACAGUCAAUCAGUUUAUUCACGCUUCAAAGUUCACUACUAGGUCUUUAUCGGUAGGACUGUUAUUUCAAAUGACAGUUUUUUUAGUUUUGUUAAGUAAAUUAAGCUCCUCUCGGUAGCUCUUCUGGUAGGCUUUAAUUUAACUUUUUUUGACUCGAGUACCCAUGAAAACAUGUACUAAACCUUAUUUGA